CUUCUCUUCUUCACAGCACUGCUGCUUAGCUUCAUCUGAUCGAACUUCUCUAAUGGCUUCUGCAACAGCAUCAAUAACUAUCUCAAAAGUCCUGUCUCCUUCGGCUUUCAUCCAACACAAGCAACAGAGCAACCCACUGAAGCUACCUGUAAGAGCAGCCAACUCCCAGAAAGCCAAGCCAAACGGUCUCCAGCUUACUGUGAAGGCAUCUUCAUCUUCAGCAAAGGAGAAAGCCAUUACUGGACUGACAGCAGCUGCUCUGGUUGCAGUAAUGGUGGUUCCUGAAAUAGCAGAAGCAGCUCAGCCGGGGCUUUCACCUUCUCUGAAGAAUUUUCUGCUCAGUAUUGUUUCUGGUGGUGUUGUUCUUGGUGUUAUUGUUGGAGCAGUUAUUGGUGUUUCUAAUUUUGAUCCAGUUAAGAGGACUUGAUGAGAAAAUGUAUUUGAUUUCCUCUUCUUUUAUGUCUGCUGCUCUUAUAUUUAUGCAGUAAUUGUGAAAUUCUGUGAUCUUUUGAUAAUAUAUGAAUCUGUUUUUUUCUUUU